AUGCCCGCCGCACCCGACACUGAAGAAGACACCACAGUUUCUCCGACUGCCGAGCCGUACGAAGAGUUCACGUACGACGAUGCGACAUGGGUGUUGACAGCGGCCAUAGUUAUAUUUACUAUGCAAACCGGCUUCGGCCUUCUCGAGUCCGGCUGCGUGUCGCAGAAAAACGAGGUCAACAUCCUCAUGAAGAACGCCGCCGACGUCAUCUUGGGUGGCCUCACUUACUGGCUAUUCGGUUUCGGCCUGCAGCAUGGUACGGGCAGUAGCCCCGACAACGACUUCAGCGCCGUCGGUCGGUUUAUGGUGGACGCCGAGCCGGACGAUAUGGGCCUCGUGUUUUCAAGCUUCAUCUUCCAGCUGUCAUUUUCAACCACGGCCACCACUAUCGUGUCCGGCGCGAUGGCUGAGCGGGCUAACUACAACGCCUACUGCGUGUUCUCGUUGUUGAACACCAUCGUGUACUGCAUCCCGGCCGGCUGGGUUUGGGGGGACCACGGCUUCCUGAAGAAGAUGGGUGCCAUAGACUUCGCCGGUUCUGGCUGCGUCCACCUGCUCGGUGGUGCGUCCGCCCUGGUAGCCGCCGUGCUCCUGGGUCCGAGACGUGGUCGUUUCGGCGAUGCCAAGGACGACAGGGUCCAGCAGAUGAGUCGCCCUACUAACGUGCUGCUAGGAACAUUCACGCUUUGGUGGGGGUGGCUUGUAUUCAACUGCGGCAGCUCGUUUGGCGUCAGGCACGACAAAUGGAAGUACGCGUCCAGGGCAGCAGUGACAACGAUAAACGCUUCUCUGGGCGGAGGCAUUGUUGGAGUCUUCUAUUCGUACGUAUUCUACAAGCUUUGUCUUCAUGAGUGUGGUACUAUGCGAAAGAUAUUUCUGCCCAUGUACAUAAUGACAUGGUACUUCAUGACGCGCAAAUUUCUUGUCGACGACAUAGUGAACGCCAUCUUGACAGCCCUUGUUGCCGUCACUGCCGGCUCGGGUUUCUACUCUGCCUACGAGAGCAUCGUGGUAGGAGUGACAGGCGCUCUAUUCGCCUGCUGGGUGCCGGCAGCCCUGGAACGACUACGCAUCGACGACCCCGUCGGUGCGGUUGCCGUGCACGGCGUGGGUGGCAUCUGGGGCCUGCUAGCCGUCGGCUUGUUCGCGGACGCCGACUCCCUACUACGCCUAACGUCUGGCCGCAGCGGCCUCUUCAAGGGUGGCGGUGCCUACCUGCUCGGCGUGCAGGCGCUCGCAGGGCUCUGCAUCGCCGCUUGGAGCGUUGUCACCUCAUACGUCUUGCUGAAGGGCAUUAACUACGUGUUGCCCAUCCGCAUGACCGAGCUGGAAGAAGCGCUGGGCGCGGACCUUAUGGAGCACAACCUCAGCUACCCCGACUACGACUACGACGCGGUGCUGGCUCGCUUCCAAAAUCGAGGCGUCGACGUCAGUCACGUGCCUCCGAUCACGCAUCGCGGACGCUUGGACCGGCGCAUCUUCGACGAGUAUUUGCUCGGCACGCGGGACCGUGACGCUCCAAGGCCCGAGGGCAGGCUGGCGGCCUACGUCACAAACUACGUCAGAGAAAUGCCCCGGAGAUUCGGCACCCGCACGUGUACCGUUAUUUAA